AAAAAUGAAAAUUUUUUUUUUCUAGAUUGGCAAGUAAAACCCUAAAACAACCAGAGAAUUGCCUAAUCCCUCGAUUGAUCAGUUGGGACGAUUCAAUUGUUUUGCAUUUCAAUACAGGUUUGUAUAUUACGAAUAUAUAGAUAUGUUUAACAUUGCAAAAACAUUCUGCAAAAGAGUAAGCGUGAAGGAGCUAGUAACCAGUGCUCCUGUAUACGGCAGCAUCACCGAUGGGUCUUCCUCUGGCUUGAGCUUGAUGUUUAAGCGUUGGGCUACUAAAAAAACUGCUGGAUCAACGAAGAAUGGAAGAGACUCAAAACCCAAGAAUCUUGGGGUGAAGAAGUUCGGUGGCGAGAGGGUGAUUCCUGGGAACAUUAUAGUUCGACAGCGAGGAACACGGUUCCAUCCUGGAAACUAUGUUGGGAUGGGGAAAGAUCAUACUCUCUAUGCCCUGAAGGAAGGUUGUGUGAAAUUCGAAACGCAUAAGCUUAGUGGACGGAAAUGGGUACAUGUUGAACCUAAGGAAGGGCAUGUCCUCCACCCUGUUUAUGUAACUGCUGCUUCAGAAGAGCUGAAGACAGCCACAUAAACUUGUAGCAUUGUUGUUUGUGAAAGCAAUCAAGUUGCAUUUUAUACUUUGUUUUUGCAUGAUAUUCAUGGAUUUGAGAGUUAGAAAUGAAAAGAACCUCGGGUUUUUCCACCCCAUUUUUUGUUUAUGACGUAAUUAUUGUUUCGGUU